AAGCCGGCGCUCCUCGUGUGUUGUCUCCACGCUGCCCCGGUGUGUUCGGGUUCUGGGCCGCUUCUCCUCGGGUUCUGCUCUGUUCCCGGUACCGGAACAUGUCGGCCGGCAGCUCGCUGUUCUCCGGCUUCCGGGUUCUGGGGAUUUACUCCAACCACGUGCCGCACGCGCUCCGGUUCCACCUGAAGCACCGCGAGUUCUACCUGGUGACGUCAUGCGGCCGCAGCUUCCACACGUUCAACGUGAGCCGGUUGGGCAUCGUGUCUGUGAGUGACAGCCUCCCAGAUGACAUCACAUGUUUGGCGGCGGACCGGAUGUUGGUGUUUGCCGCUGCCGGGCGACUCGUCAGCGCCUUCGCCCGAAACAAAGAGGUGGUGAGGCGUUACCAUGGUCACCAGCAUGACGUGCGCCUGCUGCUGCCUCUGGGUGAUCAGCUGAUCUCAGCGGAUUGCGGUGGUGAUGUCAUCGUGUGGGACGUCCAGGGAGGAGACAUUUACCUACAGCUGCACUUUGACCCGACGACCUUCGACGUGUCGGCCAUGAUGCACCCGAGCACCUACCUGAACAAGGUGCUGCUGGGGAGCUCCCAGGGUGCACUGCAGUUGUGGAACAUCAAGACCAGUAAGCUGCUAUACACCUUCACCGGCUGGUCAGCAGGGGUCACCGUCCUGCAGCAGAGUCCCGCAGUGGACGUGGUGGGCGUUGGCACGGCAACAGGUCGCAUUAUUAUCCACAACAUCCGAUUGGACGAGACGCUGAUGAGCUUCACACAGGACUGGGGACCAAUCAGCUCGCUCGCUUUCAGGACUGACGGCCCCCCCGUCGUGGCGUCCGGCAGUCCUCAGGGCCACAUUGCAUUCUGGGACUUGGAGCGCCGGCAGUUGGUCACUCAGCACAGACACGCCCACAAGACGGCCAUCGCCGGGGCAACCUUCCUUCACGGUGAGCCGCUAUUGGUCACCAACGGAGCCGACAACGCCAUCAAGGUGUGGAUCUUUGAUCAGGAAGGGGGCGGGGCCAGACUGCUGCGGUGCCGGCAGGGCCACAGUGCCCCUCCCACCACCAUCCAUCACCAUGGCAACGACGGGAAAAACAUCCUCAGUGCCGGUCAGGACGGGACGCUGCAGUCUUUCUCCACCGUUCACGAGCGAUUCAACCGGAGCCUGGGUCACGGCUCGGUGAACAAGAAGAAGGAGCAGAAGAAGAAAAAGGGGCGGUCCUACGAGGAGCUGCGUCUGCCCGCCAUCACUUGCUUCGCCUCCGCCGUCGCUCGUCAGUCGGACUGGGAUGGCAUUGUGGCCUGUCACCGUGGUCGCCUAGCAACCACGACGUGGAACUACCAGCGCUGCACCAUGGGAGCUCACCACCUGCAGCCUCCGGGCGUUGGACGGGAUGCCGUCGCCACGGCUGUUGACAUCACUUCCUGUGGGAACUUCGCCGUGGUCGGUCUGUCGAGCGGCCGCGUCGACGUCUACAACCUGCAGUCCGGCCUCCACCGCGGUUGCUACGGCGACGAGGAGAAAGCUCACAGCGGCGCGGUGCGAGGCGUCGCCACGGAUACUCUCAACCAGCUGACGGUGAGCGCCGCUUCUGAUUGGCUGCUGAAGUUCUGGCGCUUCAAAACCAAGAAGCUGGAGGAGGAGCUAAAGCUAAACGCUGCGCCUGCUAGCAUGAAGCUACACAGAGACAGUGGGAUGCUAGCGUUAGCGCUGGAUGACUUCACUCUGGUGGUCAUCGACAUAGAAACACGGCGGGUCGUCAGGAAGUUUGCAGGUCACCAUGGCAACAUUAACGACAUGACGUUCAGCCCCGACAGUCGCUGGCUGGUUACCGUGGGGAUGGACUGUACCAUCCGGACGUGGGACCUCCCCUCUGGAAGCCUCGUGGACUGCUUCCUGGUGUCCACGGCGCCAGUGGGCGUGUCCAUGUCUCCCACUGGUGACUUCAUGGCGACCACUCACGUGGACAGUCUCGGCAUCUUUCUCUGGACCAAUAAGAGCCUGUGUGGGCCGGUGGGACUCCGCCCCCUCCCGGCCGACUACCAGCCCACCGUGGAGACGUUACCAGGCGUCGCCGCGGACGACCGCGAGGAGGAAGUGACAUCAGAGGAAGCUGAGGGUGUGUACCAGUCAGCUGAUCAGCUGGGGGCGGAGCUUGUGACUCUGUCGCUGCAGCCGGAGUCUCGGUGGAAAAGUCUGCUGCACCUGGAGGAGAUCAAGCGGAGGAACCGUCCGGUGGCCCCGCCCUCCGCCCCGCCCUCCGCCCCCUUCUUCCUGCCCACCGUCCCCGGCGUCACUCCUCGCUUUGCGUCUCCCGCGGCGACGGAGCAGGAGACUCAGUCCAAGGUGCUGUCAUCGGCGUUGAUAGGUCAAAGGUCGAAGUUCAGCACUGCUCUGGAGGAAGAGGCGGAGUCUGGCUCCUUCCGGCGCUCGCCGCGCCUCCUGAAGGAUUGUGGGCCGUCGGCCAUCUCCGUCGAGCUCGCCUGUCUCUCGCCUGAGGGGGGCGGAGCCAACAGCCUCCUGCGGGCCUUCAUCCACAUGAUUGACAGCAUGCUGGCCAGUGGGCGGGACUUCGACCUGGCUCACGCCUACCUGGCGUUGUUCCUGAAGCUCCACCUGCGCUCGGUGUCGCAGGACGCCGUCGCCAUGGAAGCGCUGAGCCGCCUGUCAGCCCGGCUGGAGGCGGGGUGGGCGGAGCUACGGGCCUCCUUCAACCAAUCCCUGUGUUUACUGUCAUACACCAAGAGUGCUCUGCUGUGACACACACACACACACACACACACACACACACACACACACACAGUUCUUCUGGACUGAUUUUCUGUUGACUGUCUUCUGAGAUUGUUUGAAUUUAUUGUUUUACGUAAUAAAAUUCAAGGGGGCGUGUCCCACA